AUGAUUACACCGGAUCAUAUUCCAUUUGUUGUAAAUUUGCAAGCGAAACAUGCUACUCAUUUAGAAAUAGUUGGUGGAAAAGGAGCAAAUUUAGCAAUUUUAUUUCAAAGAGGUUUCAAUGUUCCUGAUGCCUUCAUCGUAACAACAAAUGCAUUUGAUUAUGUAUUUAAUGAUGAACAAACAAAAGGUGUUCUAUCGAUCAUAGAUGAAGUUAAUGUUGAUAAUAUAAAAGAAUUAGAAGAUGUCAGUAAUACGAUUAAACAAGCAAUUUGUAAUAUAAAUUUAUCAAGUGACAUGAUUAAUUUAAUAAUAGAUCAUUAUUAUAAACUUUGUGAAAAAAUUGAUAAUAUGAAUAUUCAUGUUGCUGUUCGAAGUAGUGCUACAGCUGAAGAUUUACCUGAUAAUUCAUUUGCUGGACAACAAGAUACUUAUUUACAUGUAGGAAGAGAAAAUUUAAUUGAUAAAAUAAAAGAAUGUUGGGCAUCAUUAUUUACAGCUCGAGCAAUAUCAUAUAGAAAAAAAUCCAAUAUUGAUCAUAAAAUUGUAAAACUUGCUGUUGUUGUUCAAGCAAUGAUUUCUAGUGAAGUAUCUGGUGUUGCAUUUACUGCAAAUCCAAUAACAGGUUUAAGAAAUGAAGUUGUAAUUGAUUCAACAUAUGGUUUAGGUGAAGCUUUAGUAUCAGGUCUUGUAACACCAGAUCAUUAUGAAAUACUAUUUGAUAAUUAUGAAAAUGCUGAAAUAUGCGUAAAAAAUAUUGGUAAAAAAGGUAUCCAUAUUAUUGGUAAAUCAGAUGGUGGUACUGAAACAUUAGUUACUAUGGAUAAUAAUAAAAAAAUUGAAGCAUUAUCUGAUCAAUAUAUCAUUCAACUUGCAAAACUAGCUAAACAAGUUGAAAAAAGUUAUAAUUAUCAACCACAAGACUUAGAAUGGAGUUUUAGUAAUGAAAAAUUAUAUAUUCUACAAGCUAGACCUAUAACAACUUUAUUUCUAAUACCAAAACAUGCAUAUGGACAAUCAGGUUUAAGAUGUAUGAUGUCAUUUGGUACAGUUCAAGGAUUUCUGAAACCAAUGACACCUUUAGGUCAAAGUUCAAUACGUACUAUACUCAAUAGUUACUACAGAGCAAUACAUGUUGAUAGAAGUACUUCAAUUGAAGAUGAUAUAUCUUCAGAUCCAUUACGACAUCCUACAUUUAAAUCAGCAUCAAAUCGUCUUUGGAUUGAUAUUACUGAUACACUAACAUCACCAGCUGUGCGGUUUUGUGAUUUAUCAACGGUUGAUACUGGCAUGAAUCCUAUGGAUGCUCUUGCACUUACACGUGCUGUUGAAUCAAAUCCAACGACAGAAAUGAAUCUUAUGUUAUGGAAACUAACUGUAUUAAUAAAAGAUCAUGAAACAACAUUAAAAUUAUUUGAAAAUGAACCAACAGAUAAUUUAGUAAGAAUGUAUAAAAAUAAAUCUUUUGAUAAAGAUAUUCAAUAUACAAUGGAUGAAUUCUUUCAUAAUUAUGGUUGCCGUGGUAUUGGAGAAAUUGACAUAGGUUGUAAACGAUGGUUUGAUGAACCACAAGUUGUUAUUGAACAAAUAAAAAACUAUUUAAAAAUUCGUAAUCCAGAUAAAGCUGUUGAUAAAAUUCAUGAUCAAAGUCGACAAAGUGCCUAUGAAGCUUUAUCAAGAAUUGAAGAUGAAUUACGAUGGCCUUUUUUUCAAAGACCAUUAGUUAAUGUUCUCUUUACUAGGAUAAAAAUUUUAUUUUCAUUAAGAGAGUGUCCUAAAUAUUAUGGUAUUAUUCAACCAUUUGGAAAAUGUCGUAAUGAACUUAUUCGAAAAGCUAAUCUAGCAGUCAAUGAAAAUUUUAUUUCACAUGCUGAUGAUAUUUAUUUUUUGUUUAUUAGUGAAUUAAAAUCAUUAGCUUAUGAUACUGAUAAUCAACAAUAUGAUAAAAGAGAUUAUUGGAUAAAUUUAAUCUUAGAACGUCGUAUGGAAUAUAAAAAACAAAUGUCUUGUAAACGAAUACCAUUAAUCUUACUUUCUGAUGGCACAACAUAUUAUGAUGCAACAACAAUACCAAAUGAAAAUAAUCAGCCUAUUGAAUUAAUGGAAGGUGAAUAUCUUGGAAGUCCAGUAUCUCCAGGUGUAUAUGAAGGAAAAGUACGAAUAGUUGAUGAUCCAAUGAAUUCUCAAUUACAACCUGGUGAAAUCUUAGUUUGUACUGCUACUGAUCCAGCAUGGACAUCAUUAUUUCCAAUCAUUGGUGCAUUAGUAUUAGAAAUGGGUGGAAUGCUUCAACAUGGUGCUAUAGUUUCAAGAGAAUAUGGUUUACCAGCUGUUGUUGGUGUUGCGAAUGCGAAGCAAAUUUUUCAUAAUGGUCAACGUAUUCAAGUUAAUGGCUCUACUGGACGAAUUAAAGUUUUAUUUGAUGAAUGA